CUUUACUACACAUUAAACCAUAAAGACUCCCCACUCCGCUCACUCCCACAUCUACAGCCUCCAUCAGCACUCUGCUCCUCUCUCCUGUGUGAUUCAUCCUGCAAACUAGCCAUCAUGGUUUCCCAUAAGGAGUUUGUGGGUGCAGGAAAGCAGCCGGGGUUGCAGGUGUGGCGAAUUGAGAAUUUGGACUUGAAGCCGGUUCCUAAGGCUCUGCAUGGCAGCUUCUACAGUGGGGACGCCUACCUGCUGCUCUUCACCACCUCAGCUCCUUCAUACAACAUACACAUGUGGCUGGGAGCGGAGUGUUCCCAGGAUGAGAGCGGAGCAGCGGCCAUCUUUGCCACACAGCUGGAUGACUUCCUGGGUGGUGGGCCGGUUCAGUACAGGGAGGUGCAGAACUGCGAAUCCAAAACCUUUCUGGGGUAUUUCAAGUCAGGAAUCAAGUACCAGCGAGGGGGCGUGGCCUCAGGUUUCCAGCAUGUGGUGACCAAUGACAUGAACGUGAAGCGCCUGCUACAUAUCAAGGGUCGCAGGGCUAUCAGGGCGACAGAGGUGGACAUGUCCUGGUCCAGCUUCAACAAGGGAGACUGCUUCAUUGUUGACCUUGGCAAGGACAUCUAUCAGUGGUGUGGCAGUGAGUGUAACCGCUUUGAGAGGCUGAAGGCCUCUGAGGUCAGCAUCGACAUCAGAGAUAAUGAGAGAAAUGGCAGAGCCAGAGUGCACAUGGUGGAGGAGGGGGAAGAGCCAGCAGCAGUCACUGAUGCUCUGGGGUCCAAAGGCGACAUUGCCCCCGCUUCUGGGGAUGACGACAAGGCAGACAUCUCCAACAAGAAGAAGGCUGCCCUCUACAUGGUGAGUGAUAUCUCUGAUGCCUCCGGCUCUAUGAAGGUGUCAUCUGUGGCUUCGUCCAGUCCAUUCAAACAGGCCAUGUUGUCUCCUGACGAUUGCUUCAUCCUGGAUAACGGGAUGGACCGCAUCAUCUUUGUUUGGAAAGGUCCCAAGGCCAACAUGGCGGAGCGUAAAGCAGCCAUGUCAGCAGGUCAGGAGUUCAUCAAAGAAAAGGGAUACUCCUGUAAGACACAGAUCCAGGUAAUUCCUGCUGGAGCUGAAACAACCAUCUUUAAGCAGUUCUUCUGUGACUGGAAGGACAAAGACGAGACCACAGGCCCCAGUAAGGCCUACACCAUUGGCAGCAUAGCCAAAGUGGAGCAGGUGCCCUUCGAUGCCUCCACCCUGCACUCCAACAAGGCCAUGGCAGCUCAGCAUGGCAUGGUGGAUGAUGGCAAGGGCAAGGUCCAGAUUUGGCGUGUCGAGGAUGGCAAGGUGCCUGUAGACCCAGCCUCCUACGGUCACUUCUACGGCGGAGACUGUUACCUCAUCCUGUACAGCUACAGACUGGGAGGCAGGGAGCAACACAUCAUCUACACCUGGCAGGGGCUGAAGUGCACACAGGAUGAGUUGGCAACUUCGGCGUUCCUCACAGUGCAGCUUGAUGACUCAAUGGGAGGAUCCCCGGUUCAGGUGAGAGUGACUCAGGGUCAGGAGCCUCCUCACCUGAUGAGCCUGUUCCAGGGCAAACCCAUGAUCAUCCACAGCGGAGGAACAUCACGCAAAGGCGGACAGACGCAGGCCAGCAGCAAGCGCCUUUUCCACAUCCGUCAGAGCUCCUCCCACGCUACCCGGGCUGUGGAGGUCGAGGCCUCUGCUUCCAGUCUGAACACCAACGAUGUGUUUGUGCUGAAAACCCCGGAUGCAUUGUUUGUGUGGCGGGGCGUGGGUGCCAGUGAUGAGGAGAUGGAGGCUGCCAAACAUGUGGUGGGUUUCUUGGGUGGCAGUCCCAGCCAGGUGUCAGAGGGCAAGGAGCCAGCUAAUUUCUGGACUGCUCUUGGUGGAAAGAAGGAUUACCAGACCUCCAAGAGUCUGCAGAACAUGAUCAAGCCCCCACGUCUGUUUGGCUGCUCAAACAAAACUGGAAGACUUAUAGUUGAAGAAGUACCAGGAGACUUCACCCAGUCAGACCUGGCCACAGAUGAUGUCAUGCUCCUGGAUACCUCGGACCAGAUCUUCCUUUGGGUUGGCAACGAGGCUAAUGCAGAGGAAAGGAAAGGAGCUCCCAAAAUAGCAAAAGAGUAUGUGGACUCAGACCCCUCUGGUCGCAGAGGACUGCCCAUCACCACCAUCAAACAGGGAGCAGAGCCUCCAACUUUCACUGGCUGGUUCCAGGCCUGGGAUCCCAAAAUGUGGGAUAUAGAUCCAUUGGACAGAAUCCGUGCCCGUUUUGGAAAAUAAAACUAAAGGCUUUUUUUUUUAUCCAGUCUGAUACCUUAUCUGUCCAGCACCUUCUAUGCCAUUUUGUUUAUCAUAACUCCAAUCCCCAAGUGCCAAAACCAAUGUUAUCACUGUUAUCAGGUUGAAUGGCUGCCUCUAUGCCUUGGUCGCGGUGCAGAGCACCGCACUUUACAAUCAGGAAUGCACCAGUCAAAGUACUUACUGUAGCAACAUUAUCUUUAAUUAAUAGAAACGGUUUAAUGAUCUGUUGCAUCCAACAGCUUGUCGCCUUCAUGUCUUUAUCUAAGCCCCUGAAAUGAAAAAAAGGAAAGGAAGCCAUUUUAGACAGCUAGAGAUCUCCUCUGUUUCUCUCUGCUCUCUUUCACUUCAGAAGACACCAUCAUUCUUUCCUUUAUGUCUCCACAGUCUUUCUUUUCAUAAUGAGAUAGUGUAUCAGAAAAGGUUUACUUUAUUACUACGCGAUGUUUGUUGUGUUUUAUUGUUGGUACUGGAAUGCUGAACACAUACUCAAAGUUGCAUGCAUCAUUUUGUUUUUUAUCAUAUUCUGUGCUUGUGAAUUUAAAAGGCGUACAACAGUUUGUACGUGUGUCUGCUGUCUUUAUUACUUGACCCUGAAAUCCUUGCAUGGAUGGCUUUUAAAUAAAACUCCCACUGUUUAAAA